GACAUCGCACGCGCGGUACAACUGAGUGCAGCGCCGCUAUCCAUCGUGGGAGAAGACUGAAUCUGCUGCCAUGUUUAGCACAGGGAGCAGUGAGCACACAAACCUCCCGAGCACCUCCAGCACAAACAAGGUUAAUUUGAAGAGACAUCUGAGAGAUCCUGCACAGAAUAACUGGCUGAAAGGAUUUGCGAACGAGUCAGAUAAUAAAGUGGCAAGACGAUCAGAAAAAACAGAUAUGGGAGAUCAUAUUGAACACCGCCAAAUGGAAAUGACCUCCAUGCCUGCAACUACCGAAGGCGAUGAAAUCGACUUACCGCCGUCGUUUACUCCGAAGGGAUCGCUAGAAUGGCCAAUCACGUCUGCCGAGAAAAGUUGUCGCUUCAAAGGAGAAGAUUGUUUGGAUCGCGGGAAGGCUAUGCCCACGACUGUGGGCAAAGCCGCUUUACGGAAACGACCGUCAAGUAACUCAAAAGAUGUAGAAGCUGAACUUACCGCUGCUAUUGAGGCGUUCAAGCUGUUCCAAGAUAGCGUAACAAGAGAGAGCCCUCUUCGUCAUGUGACUGGGCCGCUUGUUAUUCUUCCGACGAUACCGGAAGUCACUGAGUUUUCUGCAGAUAACUGUGCACAACUGGAGGGCAACUCGGCGGGGUUCCCUGUGGGAGAGGGCUCCCAAUACACAGCUCCGUUUGGUGUCUGGGGAUCGCAGUUCCGUCAAAGGCCUAGUUUAAGCAGCUUGCAAGAACCCUUUUGUGGAAGAUUGCGUCGUAUAACUAGAAAGUUCGAUGCACUGAAUGUUAUCUCGGAUCAGGACAACUGCAUCUUAUAAUCUGGAAACUAGUUUCAUGAUACAAACAUGGUACACUUUUUAAAAUUUAAAUAUAAAUAUAUCUUUGACUAAUGUAAAGAUAUUGAGUUUUUCCCCAUGUAAUUAAGCGCAUAGACUAAAUUUUUAUACAGCGAAGCUGUCAUCUAUAUGACUAUUUCGCUAACAGAGAGGAACACAUACCUCAUUGAAUUAUGUGCUCAAUUUCCUAUGAAUUCAAAAUUUGCUGUACAAUGUCACUUCAUGUAAAUAGGAAAAAAAUGUAUACACACUUGAA